UGUCAGAUGAUGGGGAUGCCAAAUGCCCACUGCCACUCUCCCCCGGCCAUCUACUCAAUCCAGCGCAGUAUUCACCCAAACCAUGUCGGCCACCUGAUCAAGAUGCCUUGGGGCUGAAUACACUGUCAUCUACUUGCACAACGAGCAGCACACCUUCUUUUCCUUUGGCUCAUCUCCCUUGUCCCCCCUUGGUUCGAGCUGCCCACCUCUCCGACUCCCCCAUCCCUUUCCCUAGUUGACCAAGGUCAUUCAUUCAUUUCUGUCUAGGUUGCCGCUGACGGCUGAUGUCUCUUGACUCAAUAGAAGCCUGAAGUCUCUCGCUUUGCAAAAUACCUCCUGCGAGCAAUCCUGCCUCUCACCUGCCCCUUCAAUGGCCAGCUGACGACCCUUGGAAGGCGGCGUCUGCCUGUGAGGGACGCCGUUCGUGCCAUCUUCUUUAGCAGCCAACAUAACCCCCCAAUCAAUUAGGAGAGGAAACCCAGAAGGAGCUGCUGGCAACCACCAUGCCUAAAUCUUUCGUCUCCUUUCAGGACUACGAUGAAGCCGACCACUUUUCCCCUCGUCCCGCAACCACGCCAUCCUCCCCCGAAACCUUGCGUAGGACGAAUACUUGCCUAUCCGCCAGCGAACUGAGAACCCGUUUACCACCUUCUCUCGUUAUGACUCCUCGAUCGACCGAAGAGAGUGCCCUGUUGGAAGGAGACCACCGCUCGGUCCGCAGGUACACAGAAAGUAUGCCCGAGUCACCCAAAUCAAGACAACUGUCGAGGGUAAACAGCACAAGUGAUAGUCUACGCAGGCGGAGAUACUACAGUGCUCGACCCUCGGGAAACACAAGUCCUGUCUGGAUGCGCAACUCGGGUCUCCGUACGCCCAAGCUGUCUUCGUCCAUGCUGGCGGGCUCACUAUCCAAAGACGAUCGGCUGUGGUAUGAUCAAUUCACCUCAACCGAUUGGGUGCACGACAGCAUUGCUGAUGGAUACCGUGUUCUGGACCUGAAAAAGCGGAAAGGAUGGCGCGGACGCCUGGGGUUGCUUCUUGAUUCAGCCCAGGGUUGGGUUCUCGUUGCUCUAAUCGGCGUGGUUACGGCGGGUAUAGCGUACUUUGUCGACGUCACUGAGUCGGCCAUUUUCGACAUCAAGCGUGGCUUUUGUCGAGGCGCCUGGUAUCUUGGUCGCACAAACUGCUGUGCUGGCGAACGCAACUGUGACAGAUGGAGGACCUGGUCCAAACUCAUCCAUCCGUCCGGUAUGGACGAUGUCUACAUCGACUUCGUUGCGUUUGUCAUCGGGUCGUUGGUUCUCGCUGCCCUGGCAUGCUUCAUCACUCUCUACUCCAAGACCGUUGUGCCUUCCCAAAUCGCCUCCACUUUCGACGAGAAUCUGGGCGCCAUCAAGCAGAACGUCAAUGACGAUGCCGACGAGGACAAGUCAGGGGGUGCUCAGCUGCUGACAACGCAAGAUCCGCUGCCUCCAAACAUCUACUACUCGGCCGCGGGAAGUGGCGUUGCAGAAGUCAAAGUCAUUUUGAGUGGCUUCGUUCUCCAUGGAUACCUUGGCCUUCGGGUUCUGGUCCUGAAGACCAUUGCUCUGAUUUUGAGUGUGGCGUCGGGAAUGAGCUUGGGCAAAGAAGGUCCUUAUGUCCACAUCGCCACGUGUGUGGGCAACAUUGCUUGCAGGCUGUUCUCCAAGUACAAUCUCAAUGACGGUAAGAGAAGGGAGGUCUUGUCCGCCAGUGCUGCCGCCGGGGUGGCCGUCGCUUUUGGUUCACCGCUGGGCGGAGUCCUUUUCAGUCUGGAAGAAGUCAGCUAUUAUUUUCCGCCGAAAACGCUAUUUCGAACAUUUUUUUGUUGCAUUGUGGCUGCAUUGUCCCUUAAGUUUCUGAACCCAUAUGGGACAUCCAAAAUUGUCUUGUUUGAAGUUCGUUACAUUACCGAUUGGCGUUUCUUCGAGCUUUUUAUCUUCAUCUUACUCGGCGUUGCAGGUGGGCUGGCUGGUGCGCUCUUCAUCAAAGCGUCUCGAUUCUGGGCAACCACAUUCCGCCGCAUUAAAGUCAUCAAGACCUAUCCAAUGCUGGAAGUUCUUCUCGUGGCUCUCGUCACUGGCCUCAUCGGCUUCUGGAACCGAUACACCCGGCUGGCAGUCACAGAGCUGCUUUUCGAACUAGCGAGCCCAUGUCAGAAGCACUCGUCAACAGGUCUCUGUCCUAAAACCGAGGAUGAGAUUCUCCGGGUUAUUGGUUACCUGAGCAUGGCGUUCGUCGUUAAGGCUUUCCUCACGACCAUUACCUUCGGGAUCAAGGUGCCGGCUGGCAUCUACGUACCGUCGAUGGUGGUUGGUGGUCUGAUGGGGCGAAUUGUCGGUCACUUGAUCCAGUACGUCGUUGUCAAACUGCCUAAUUUCUUCUUGUGGUCGCGCUGUCAGGAUGCCGGCAAUAUCGAAGCAUGCGUCACACCUGGAGUGUACGCCUUGGUGGCUGCGGGUGCUACCAUGUGCGGUGUCACACGUCUCUCUGUCACCUUGGCAGUCAUUUUGUUCGAACUGACAGGAAGCCUCGACCAUGUGCUGCCCUUCUCUCUGGGAGUGCUCUGCGCCAAGUGGACAGCUGACGCGGUCGAGCCUCUCAGCAUCUAUGACCUUCUCACCGACAUGAAUUCGUAUCCAUUCCUAGACAACAGGAGCACUCCCGUCUUUGACUCGGAGCUCGGAGACAUCACGCCGCGGUUCCGAAGGGACAAAGUGAUUGACAUUACCAUAUCCCCUCUUGUCAAAGCAAGCGAUUUGCGGGCCAAACUCCGACGCUUACAGAAUCUUGGCGAACUCGACGGCGGCCUACCCAUCCUCCGAGACAAGAAGCUGGUAGGGCUGAUUCCGGCGCCAGACCUUGAGUUUGCUCUGGACAGGGUGGAGGGUGAGGACAGUGCCUUCUGCUUACUCUCCACCGAAGAUCAUGCGCACAAUACGCAUCGUCGCUACUGGGAAGCGUUUGAAGAGGCGGGCUACGAUUCCGGGCGAGACGACUCUGACGAUCAAGACUCGCCCGCCACAAAUCCCACCGAUUUAACUCCUUAUGUCGACCCUGCUCCAGUGGCGUUGGAUAUGCAUUCGCCGAUGGACCUCGUGUAUCAAUGUUUUGUCAAGUUGGGUUUGAGGUACAUUUGUGUGUUGAAUGAGGGUGAAUACAGGGGAAUGGUGCAUAAGAAGGCGUUUGUGAGGUACAUUAAGACCUUGGAGCAUGAGGGCAGCCGCCGGUGAUGGAGUGGCCGGAUUGAGCCCAGCAAUUCAUUGUUGAACACCAAGAACCAGCAAGAAACAAAACCCGGCCGUCUGAGGUAUAAGAGCAUCUUCGUUUCUUCAGCCCGUGUAUUUUCCUUAUUUCAUCAUUGCCUAUGAUGGCGCUCGGCUCUUGAGACAACGGCCUCUUACUACGAUACUCUCGAGGGACAGAUCGGAGUAGUAUAAAGUAGGCAUGUAUGACUUUGAUGUACUCUCACACAGGAAUGGAUUACUGUGUAAUUUUAUUUUUGUUUAUGUAAAAC